UAAUUAUAUGACGAAGGAAAAUCUCCUUGUGUGUUUUGCAGCUGACAUGAAAAGAAUGAUGACCCCCCCUAGCGAUGACAGUGACGUAAGCGAUCAGCGCCACCCCAUGAAGACACGCUGCGCUGGUGGCCAGGGAGGAGACAGUCCCGGCAUGGACCCGAAAAAAUGGAUCACCUUCAAAGACCUCCAUGACCGGGUCACGCAGCUGCUCUCCACUAAGCUCAACCCCUGUAACAUCAAGCAGUGCAAGUCCAAACUGGACAUCCUCAAUAAGUGCUCCUAUUACCUGGAGGUCAUGCGCCAGGACACACUCCACCAACCAGACCCGCAGCAGAACUACCUGUCCAACUCCACCAUCCUCCACCUCAUCGAUCCCUGGAAGUUCCAGCGGAUGAAGAAGCUGGGCCACAGCCAGGUGCAGAUCCAGCUGAGCCUGCUGGAAGAGCUCUACGAGCAGUUCUGUAAGGGCAAAGUGGAAAUGGAGGCCAUAGCCAGCCAGAGCGACUAUGGCGAUCAAGAGGUCGCCCACAUAAAUGGGAGGAUAGCGCAUCUCAUUAAGGCGUUCACGGACUUUGACUCGACACUGAUGCCCGGGGAGCUGCACACAAAGCACCGGCUCAUCUCCGAGACGGGCAAUGCCAAGGUGCCCCAGAUCCAUUUGAGGUUGUCCGUCAAAAUGCCAGUGAUGUUCGACACGUCACGCUCGGAGGCUCUGGCCGACUGCGCCCGGCUGCACUGGGAAAUGGCCGGGCAGGAGCAGCAGGAGCCUGGGGAACAGUUUGAGAUCCGCUACAAGCUCCUCCAGCCGACCAACACGGAGGAAGGGAACCAGCUAGGAACGGUGACCUGCAACUCCUACUGCAUACAGGUCAACAACCUGUUGCCGCAAAGGUGCUACGAGUUCACAGUGAAGCGGGCUGACGCCUGCUGCCUGGUCUACGGGUUCUGGAAUGACACCAUGGUGCUCAGAACCAUGCCACUAUCCCCAGGGGGCUUCACCGGGAGCCAGGAGAAGAGGAGGAGGCUGUUCCCCUGGUAAAGGGCUAGCGUGAGUGCAUAGCAAUAUGAAAAUAAAGACAUUUUAAUUUUUUUAAAUCUCUCUAAUAAAAGACAUUGUCAAGAUUUUGGGGAUUCGAGCCUAGUCCUUUAAUCAUGAUACAGAGCAAAACAAAUAUUGUCCUUGAGAAUGUGUCUGAUAUGUUGUUAUGGCAUUGUUAUGUCUGCCACCUAGCCAUAUGGCCAUACCAGACAUAACUGUGGAGAGAGUGAAGAAGGUUUUUCAUUUCCAAUAGCAGCAUAAACAUGGACAUUUCAAUAUAAUAGCGGAUGUCCAUAAUUAUGACGGCUCCCAUGCACUUGUCACAAAUGCCUUGUUCGCCGUAUUGUACAUUGAUCUCUUUUUUUUUCUUUGCAUUGUCUUUAGCAGAGUAUACUGUACAUGAUCCCAAUUUUAUCUCCAAGACCGUGGAAUUAAAAUUUAAAAACUAUACAGUAUAUUGGCGUAUUGAACCAUGUUGUGCACCGUAGUUUCAUAACUCUGUGGAUUAUGCUAAAACAAUGAAGUCAUAUCUGAAUCCCACUAUCUUUACGCAAUUUCGCCAUUGCAGAUGAAAUACAUUGUUGAUAAUUUGCGUUCAAGCAGUGCUUUGACGGUGAAGAAAACACAUUUCUUUUGUGCACUUUUUUGUGGUAUAGCAUCUCUGUGGUCAGGGUUACUCACAAUCAAACAAUCUGAUGUUUAACGUAAUACACUGUUUAACUUAAUACACUGUUUAACUUAAUACACUGAUGUUUAACGUAAUGCACUGUUUAACUUAAUACACUGUUUAACUUAAUACACUGACGUUUAACUUAAUACACUGUGCUUAUGCAAUCAUAUAGGUUAUUAUUGUACUAACAAUGACCUAUAUUAAUUGUGUAACUAAUGACUAUGACCAGCUCGCCCAGCUACUCACUGGACCCAAUGAUAACUUGGUUAUGUAUGCCUCUCCCUAAUGUCAAUAUGCCUUGUCCAUUGCUGUUUUGGUUAGUAA